GGGGAACAGAAUGCAACCCGGGAUCUAGAGAGCUGUCACAUUCCAAGAAAUAUUUAAAUUGUGCUGAUUUUCUUCUGGAGAACUGAGCCCAGGGAAUGAAACUCUCCAUCAAGUCAUAGCUUUGCGGGCAAUAGAUCAGAGGAUAUUGCCAGUUUUCUAAUGGAUCAUUGUUAUCGGGCAGGUUUUCUCUGAAGGGACUGGAGAUCAGCCAGAUCACUUGUAUGCACAAAGCCGCUUUAGAUCUGCCUUUUCAAACAAGGGCUGCAGCAGACUCUAUAGCAAGGUUGAAGCUUUAUCCUACUCUGACUCACCCAGAAAACACAACCCUGAUUUUGCGUGGGAAAGACUAUCUCUGCAGGACCUAAAACGGUAGCAACGGGUUCCGUGCAGGACAGAUUAUGACAACUUCUUUUGUAAGGAAAGAAUGUUUAAAUUUCAUCAAAUGAAACAUAUUUUUGAAAUAUUGGAUAAAAUGAGAUGCCUGCGAAAACGUUCUACAGUGUCGUUCUUGGGAAUUCUUGUUAUUUUUCUCCUGUUUAUGAAUUUAUACAUUGAAGAUAGUUAUGUUCUGGAGGGAGACAAACAACUUAUAAGGGAAACAUCCACACAUCAACUGAACUCAGAACGGUAUGUUCACACUUUCAAGGAUUUAUCUAAUUUCUCAGGAGCCAUAAAUGUCACCUAUCGCUACCUAGCCUCCACGCCUUUACAAAGAAAGCGGUAUCUUACAAUUGGCCUUUCAUCGGUAAAACGAAAAAAAGGAAGCUAUUUACUUGAAACAAUCAAGUCUAUUUUUGAGCAAUCCAGCUAUGAAGAGUUGAAGGAAAUUUCAGUGGUGGUUCAUCUAGCAGACUUUAAUUCAUCCUGGCGUGAUGCCAUGGUCCAAGAUAUUACGCAGAAAUUUGCCCACCAUAUUAUUGCCGGAAGAUUAAUGGUUAUACAUGCUCCAGAGGAAUAUUAUCCAAUCUUGGAUGGCCUUAAAAGAAAUUACAAUGACCCAGAAGACAGAGUCAAAUUUCGUUCCAAGCAAAAUGUAGAUUAUGCUUUUCUGCUUAAUUUUUGUGCCAAUACUUCAGACUAUUAUGUAAUGCUUGAAGAUGAUGUCCGGUGUUCAAAAAACUUCUUAACUGCCAUCAAGAAAGUCAUCGCAUCCUUAGAAGGAACUUACUGGGUAACUCUUGAGUUCUCUAAGCUCGGCUACAUUGGUAAACUCUAUCAUUCUCAUGAUCUCCCACGUUUGGCACAUUUUUUAUUAAUGUUUUAUCAAGAAAUGCCUUGUGAUUGGCUGUUGACCCAUUUCCGAGGUCUCUUGGCUCAGAAAAACGUGAUUCGCUUUAAACCAUCUCUCUUUCAGCACAUGGGCUAUUAUUCAUCCUAUAAAGGGACUGAGAAUAAGCUGAAAGAUGACGACUUUGAAGAGGAACCAUUUGACAUCCCUGAUAACCCCCCUGCGAGCCUAUACACCAACAUGAAUGUGUUUGAAAACUAUGACGCCAGCAAGGCUUACAGUAGUGUUGAUGAGUACUUUUGGGGGAAACCGCCUUCAACGGGAGACGUCUUUGUGAUUGUAUUUGAAAAUCCGAUUAUAAUUAAAAAAAUUAAAGUGAACACUGGAACAGAAGAUCGGCAAAGCGAUAUCUUGCGUCACGGAGCCUUAGAUGUCGGGGAAAAUGUUAGGCAUUUCAAACACAGGAGACAAUGUACUACUUACUUACGGUUAGGGGAAUUCAAAUACGGAAACUUUGAAAUUUCAGAUGUGAAUCAAAAAAUUCCAUUUGCUGUCCACUGUAUGAGGAUAUACGUUACCAAAACACAGAAGGAAUGGCUGAUUAUUAGGAGUAUUAGCAUCUGGACUUCCUAGCCAGUUCAAUCAAUAUGUUCAAUUACUGAA